AUGACCUACGAAUAUGGCUCCGGCCCCGACCGCGGCCGCCGCCGCGUGCGGUUCAGCCAGGACAGCUAUGAUGCUUCAAUGCCCCUGCGACCACAGCAACCCGUCAUCGUCGGCCGUGCGCCUCGACGGACGGGAUUUGCUGGCAGCCGUGAGACUUCUGACCUCGACUUCGAUCGGCGACAGCGCGUUCAGGUACUGCGCAACCAGCCCCCAGAACCAGCGCCGGUAUACGAGUCGGCCUCGCGCCAUCGCCGUCGUGACCGCGAGUCCGCGCGCGUCACACAACCGUACGCGCCAGAGGCUCUGCGAAAAUAUGUUGUUGUGCAGCCGCAACCCGGGUCUUCUUCACGGGUUCCUGUCCUCCAAAGGUCCUACUCGGCUCGGUCUCCGUCACCACCUUUGCCGCCACCGCCGGUGCGCUAUGCUGAAUCUCCAGAGCCCGCGUACGAUCCCGUCGUGGAGACGAGGACCGAGCAGUUUGUGCCCGGGGCCCCUCGAGUGGAGACGGUGAAUUAUACACUCCCACGCCGGGUCGCCAGGUCGAGGAGCCGGAGCCGUAGCCGUAGCCGCAGCCGGGGUCGGGGCAAAUCGCCCAGCCCCCCGAGAACGUCGGCCUACUUUGACGAAGGGCCGCGGGUGCAGCCGCGGAUCGCAGAGCCCGAAGUCUUCAUCAUCCCUGAUGAUCCUUGGCAGGGGGAUGACCUGGACGCCUUUGAUGAUUUCGCCUUUACCUUUCAGUCUGGUGAUUCCAAGGACAAGGACCUGUCGGAUCUGGAGUCCCCUGGAGUAGAGACCGAAUCUACCCAAAGAGACGACCCUAAUGGUGCCAUUCGAAAUUCCAACGCGACUGCCAUUUACGCUUCUCACUACACGGGCAGCGCAGAGUUUGGUGGGACACACGUGGCGACGCUGACGGUGCUUCACGAUCCCAAGAAACUCAAACGCCCGUUGUUCAACUGGCUGCACAUCCAACAAGAUGUGAUGAACUUUGACGAGUUCUGGGCAGACGUGUCUCGUCAAGUACACUUCACCGAAUUAGAGAGGACGGCGAUCGCAAAGCUACGAGCCGACGUAAAGAAGCAUGCGGUGAAAUCACGACAAAAUCCUAAAGGUAGCAAAGUCGGGUAUAUGGAGCCACGCUGCUUCGAAGUGCCCUUGAGGUCGGUCCAGAAGAAGCAGCUGCGCACGACCGACGCGCCACUGGGUUCCGCUCGCUGGAUCUGCACGCCCUAUUUUGCCCUUCAGCGGUAUUCUGGGCUGCUGUCGGCGUCGAAUCUUGCUUCCUUUCCUCCGCAGACACUGCUUCAGUCACAGUAUUCGAGAACGACGCAGCAGAGGGACAUGCAGCAAGCUGUCUGCAAGCUCGCAGCUGUUCCGCGAGGAGAAUGCUUCCAUAUAGCUCAGCUCUGGAGCUUGGUCAUCGAUAAUAGUCUUCUGGUAACUUGCGGUUCAAUGACGCAAUCGGAUUUAUAUGGGGAAUCCUUGAUUAUAAACCAAAGGCCCUCCAAAGAAAAGAAAGGGCUUCCGUCGGGACGCAUCCUCGUAUCGUAUGGGAAUGCCGUCGUUUGGGAGCUCCCUGUUGAGGAUUGCCUGACCUGGUUUGCAUUCCUAUCGCAAUUUCAGGCCUUUUGGCCGCAGAAUUUGCAGUUCAAGCAUGGCGAUGACGUUGUCACAGCUGCGAUGUGGCCUAAGAUCCUGAGGCUCGCGACGCGCCCGCAAGGAAAAGUGACAUUGACUCUCAAAACGAUUGCCCGUCCAGAUCCACCCAGAGCCUUGAAGCCUGAGAGACAGGAGCACCUCGAGCCUCGGACUGGAGCAGAAAAGUCGACGGAGCCGGAGUAUCUGCAUGUUCUUUGCCUUCGGCCAGCGGACCUAGCAGCCGCGGCUGAUGCAACUCCCCAAACCCUUGUGGCGAAUCUCAAGACGCAGCUAGCCGCGGCGGAGAAGUAUCUUCUGGAACAGACAUCCUUCUCCGAGCAACGCGCGUAUAAAGGCUGUGAUCAUGUUAUGCGACGAGACAUCUACGACUAUUUGACAGACAUGGCUUCCAAGAUUGAAGCCAAGGGUAGUGAUGCGGCACAACGCAUGUAUCAAGAUCGGGUUGAUCUCUUCAUAACUGCGGACAACCUCUUUCAGUUGUUCUUCCCCAAGGAUUUUGAGGGGCCGUCGACUGGCAAGUAUUGGGCAAUUAUCAAAUCCGCCAUUAUCCCGAUGCCGAACCUCGACGGCGCCGAGGUACUGCUGACCGGGCCAGCCAGUGAUCUCAAGACGUUCCUCAGCGGCAUGCCCUCGGAUAUAUACGCCUUCCAAGGUAUCGUUUCGCACGCUAAUAUAAAGGAGCGAUCCGGAAUUGAGAUGCCGCGCGAGUUUGUGACGGCCUGGCUGCACGUAGUGUCAGGCAUCAUUGGCACGCGAGACCCAAGCGGCAGCUGGUACGGGCACAUGGUCAAAGCCAAGACAUUGAUCCUGGACGGCAUGAAAAAGAUUGUCCAGAACAUAUCGAGCGCGAAUCUACUGGACCGAGCUGCAGUGUUGCCGAUGGACGUCAUGUCGUUGAUCAUGAUGGAGCUCCUGCAGGAUCAAGUAGGCAAAGCCGAUGAUAUCGCAGACACAUAUUCCCAGUUUCUCAACUUCCUGGACACGGACAUAACGACGAAACCCUCAGACCGCUCCUACCAGCAUAGCAUUGAGCUUGUGCAGCAAGAGAUGGCGGCCGUCAAGAGGACGCUGACGAGACAGCGUCAUAUCAUCACUUAUACCGGACAGGGGAUACUCGCAGGUCCAGGCGACGACGCAAGAGGUCGUUGGACCCGGCCGGGCAGACGCAACUUGGUGAAUAAUCGAAAUUUUGAUCAUAAUCGCUUCGACAACCUGCGAUUCAAUGUGCCGUGGGAUUUUGCGAACAGGAAGGCGGGCAAUGAUUACAUGAAUUUUGAUGACCAGGUGGCGGAGGACCUCGAGUCCGCAUCCAAGCUUUCGCCUACGGAUGCAUUGGGAUUCCGCGGACUAUUCCUGACGGAGUGCGCGAGGUUCAUCGAGCAGCGCGACUUUGACUUCAAGCGAUACACAGAAUAUGCAGAAGAUCUCGAGCGGGCUGUCAUCUACAAGAUGGAUUUCACAAAGGACAAGCAAGAAAGCGCCAUCUACGCCUUCACGAUUGUCACCAUCGUCUUUUUGCCGCUCAGCGCCAUCUCCAGCAUCUUUGGGAUGAACACCAGCGACAUCCGAGACCUGGACGCAGGGCAGUGGCUCUACUGGGCUGUCGCCCUCCCCGUCACAGUUGGCAUCAUCGUCAUAGGGCUUUGGUGGAUGGGCGAGCUGGGCAGUAUGGUCGGGUGGUUUACGGCGCCGCUCCGCAGUCGGUCGACGACGCCGUCGGUUAACAACAAGACGGAGGGGAGACCGCCGGCGCAUCGCAUGACGCACAAGCUGGUGGGACCGUCGAUGUAUGAAUCCGAUGACGACUUGGACAUUUCGAUACGGCCGAGGCGUCGCAUGAGGCGGCUGCAGUCCGAUGCUUAUGCUCGAUGA